GAACAUAGGAGGAGGCGCAUGAUAUCUCUAUUAAUUCACUAAUUCAUCUGCAUCUACUUCCUGAAAUACUUCUCCGCUUUAUUACUAUUUGAAUCACCACUCUUCUUCUUCUACACUUUGUACUUUACUUAACUACGACCACGCUACAAGUAGUUUGACUUGCUCACAUAUCAUUACUCGCCAUUAUUUCGACUUGAAGCUUCACUUGCGCCACCAAGAAGUUACUCUUGCUGUUGUUACAGCAAAUCCGAAGCAAUGACUACUGCACCAGAUCCCAAACAUCCAGACCUUCCUGGUUUGAUCUUUGGCUGCUCCCCUUCUAAACAUCGAACAAGCUACAUGAGACGUCUGCUUCGUCGCUAUAACGUCCAAGUCAAUGGGAAUGAAAGAAAAGAAAACACACUUCAUAAGCUUGUCGACCUCGAGAAAUCUAUCGGCGAGAGAGAAAAAGAAGCACUUGUCAACUGGUUUGCUGGUGAAGGUACUUAUAGAGCUCUGGCAGCUUUGCUAGGUGAUGCUAUCAAGCCACCGAUUACCCCGAAAAGCAUUGACGAGCCAACAGCCAAGAAAGCAAAGCUCGAGGAAUAUGACGAUGAUAUCAUCUUCGCCGUAGUCGACGAGUGUAGGAUUUGUAUGGAAAACCUAACACCGGAAAAAUUUCCACAAACUCGCAUAACUAGCACGUGUGCACACCAUCCAGCGGUCUGUAGUCGAUGUUUGACUAAGCACAUUAAUGAUCAAGUUCAAACCAGGGCAUCAAAUCAGGUUUCAUGCCCUGAGUGUCAAGAGAAGGUUUCUGAUGCCGAGAUAAAAAAGUAUGCCUCGCCGGAGGUUUUGGAGAGAAACGGAAGAAGACUAUUAAAUAUGUCUCUUCAACACCUCCCAAACUUUACAUUUUGCCUCAGUCCUAAAUGUGAAUCAGGUCAAAUACACACAGGACCCGAUCAUCCAAUGAUGACAUGCACUACAUGUGGUUUCAAGACAUGCUUCAUUCACAAACUUCCAUGGCACGAAGAUCUCACAUGCGCAGAAUUUGAUCUAUUCAAUCAAGCCAGAGUUCGACAAGAAGCAGCCUCUGAAGCAUGGAUUGCAGAGCAUACAAAACUUUGUCCAAAUCCAAAAUGUGGAAUGAGAAUCCAGAAGAAAACUGGUUGCGAUCAUUUGACUUGUGAGUGUGAUUAUUGCCUCUCCGAAUUUUGCUGGUGUUGUUUUGCCGAUUUCAAAAUGAUAAAGAAACGAGGUAAUGAUCACCAUAAGGAAGACUGUCGGUGGCAUACGAAAAAUGAAAACGGUAUACCUGGACAUGGUAGAAGACAUAAAUCUGCUCUUAAGAAGCUCAAGGAACCGAAGAAGUCGAAGAAACUAAUAAAAUCGGACGAUUCCAAACAAUCGGAUGCAGGACCAGCGCCGAAAGAACCGAAUGUUCUGGAGGAGUCGGAAGAAUUGAAGGAGGUAAAUUUUCGAGAGGAAUCGGAAUCAACAGAUAACCCGACUAUUCUGGAGGAUUUGAAACAGUCACAUUCACCAAUGAAGCCAUCUGAGGCAGCGGAUGAAGUGAAGCCAUUUCAGCCAAAAGUUUCAGACGAUGUUAAGAAUUCAUUUGAACCAGACGUUACAGAAGAUUUGGAGAGACCCAAUCAAUCUCAAGAACCAGUUAAACCUUUUAAACAAACGGAGUCGACAGAAGCAUUAGGGUUGAACAUGCCAAAUCCACUAAAGCGACCUCGAGAGGAGUAAGCUAUUAUCGUGCAUGUUUCUACAAAUCUCUACAAUUUGCCACAAGUGCGAUGUUGUUCGGAUCUCAAAGCUGCUGCAUGGUUUUCUUUGAUUGGAUUUCGUUGGGAUUUUAGAGCAUGGGAAGAAAUGAUGCAUAUCCUUCUUACCAUGACUGAUGGUGUCUUUUUCGGUGGGUUUAAAUAACAUUCAGUACAGCAGGAGAGACGAUUCAUAUUAUUAUCACUAUCAUGACUGAUGAACUUUUCGGUGGGCUUAGUCGAAAGCUUACAACAUGGGUAGGUAUAAUGCAUUUGAUUAUUACCAUUGUUAGAAGCUGUGGCGACAUGAAAUGAGGCGAUUUUA